CUGUGUUCUAUACAUUUUUUUAGUGAUUAUGGUAAUUUUUCAUAAAGCCUUUUCUAUCCCAAUAUACACCAUAUGGUUACCAGUCAUGGGAAUAAAACCAAAAGUUCCCUUUUCUGCUUUGACUAUUAACUGUUUAUCUGGGAUCUCUCGGUGAGCACACAGAAGUCACCUCAGGAGACAGCACUGGCACUUACCAUGUGAGAUCCCUGGAUCACUCCUGUCUGGCAGUGAGCUACAGCAGUACUGAUCAGCUCCUGUAGUUUUCCACAGCAAGGUACAUAGUAAUCAUCUUUUCCAUCUUCACUGGAUGCCUUUUGAAUCUGGGGGUGCAAAGUUUAUCCAAAAAGGGUGAAAAAUAAAUGUUUUGUGGGCACCUGUGUAUCUAAGACCUCUUGCCAUCAAAAUACACAUGAUAUAUAGGAGAAAAAUAAAUUAGCUUAGUGAGAGGAAAACAAAAGAUGAAGGUAUAUAACACAAUUAAUUAUAUAACAUUCUGUUUGACAGUAUUUUUUCCUCUAUCCCAGAAAAAGAGAGCACCUGCUACCCAGAUCAAUUACACAAGACAUGUUCUGAGGGACAUCUAAGAGAUUAGAAGAGACAACCAAACACCUUUCAAAAAAUCUGGGAAGUGAGAUAGAUAGAAAGCUGUUAUUUCUGUCUAAAUGUACAGAUUGGUAAAUAAUAAAUUCCAUUAUGAAAGGGUGAAGCACAAGAUGAGUAAGGUAGAGUAAGAAAACACUUGAUUGACACCUCGUGCUUCUGAUCUGCAGAAGUGCUCAACAUAUUUAGGUGGACAGAUAUAAAAGGGAAGAAAAUAAACAUUCGUCAGGCAUUGUUACAGAAAAAGUUGUGUCAUGAUGUGAUAUCUUAAUGCGUUGAGUGAAGUUCUCAAAGCCCAAGACUUCAAUGAAUUUUAUAAAAGAAUAAUUCCCAAUGCUAACAGCCAAAUCUUCUAUGCAUUAUGAGAAUAUUUAGUUUAUACUAAUCAGGACACAGAAAAGGAUUUAAACCAUCAUGAUUUAGUAACCACCCACUGAUAGGUUUAAGAUAGUUAUGUCUACUGCAAUCAAGCAAAUCCUUAAGGGCUGGGUGUCUUUUACCAUCUCCUGGAGCAACUUAAUUUGACAUACUAGACUGGGUCUGAUGCAAAAUCGAGAUCCUUCUGAGCAGUGAGGGCAAGACGAGACAGAGAACUGCAAGUCCCACACAGCAGUUGGCAGUCUGAUGGUUCAGCAAAUGCCAAGUAUUACAACCUUGAACCCCAUGUGAACAUCAAUGGGCCGAGCCUGGAGAGAGCAAAUCAGCAACUAACCAAAGCUCCACGGCCCACCUGUAACGUAAAUUGGACAUCAGUAGGCAGCAACAGCAGAGAGCAAAUCAGCAACCGAGCCAGGCCUCCACCACUACUCACACUCUUUGAUAAAAGCUGGCUACCAGGCUGUGCUCGUCCCUACUUGCAAGAACCAGAUCAGCUGUGCCAAUGGCUCAAGACGGAGUGCAGUACUGUCAUUCAGACAAAGACUUUAUCUUGUCUCCUCACAGUAAGAAGGUUCCUAAAAGGAUGGCGUCCCUCUUGGAGAUGAAAGAAAUCUUCCGCACUGCUGAUGCAGUAUGCUUUGAUGUGGACAGUACAGUCAUCAGGGAAGAAGGCAUCGAUGAACUUGCGAAGUUUUGUGGAGUAGGAGAUGCCGUUGCAGAGAUGACGCGCAGAGCUAUGGGUGGCACUGUGACAUUCAAAGCAGCUUUAACGGCACGACUAGGACUCAUACGUCCAUCCUAUGAGCAAGUGCAGAAAUUAAUAUCUGACAACCCACCUCAGCUAACACCAGGAAUACGGGAGCUGGUGAGCAGGCUUCAUCAGCGAGGGGUCCAGGUCUUUUUGGUCUCUGGAGGGUUUCAGAGCAUCGUGGAGCACGUGGCCUCACAGCUGAACAUUCCAACAGCAAAUGUCUUUGCCAACAGGCUGAAGUUUUACUUUAAUGGAGAAUAUGCAGGAUUUGAUGAAACACAACCAACAGCUGAAUCAGGGGGGAAAGGAAAGGUUAUUACUCAUCUGAAGGAACAGUUCCACUUUAAGAAAGUAGUUAUGAUUGGAGAUGGAGCUACAGACAUGGAAGCCUGUCCCCCUGCCGACUGCUUCAUUGGAUUUGGAGGAAAUGUUAUCAGAAAGCAAGUGAAGGAGAAAGCUAAAUGGUACAUUACUCACUUUGACGAACUGCUAAAGGAACUGGAAGAACGAUAAAUUAUACAGUAAAAUAAUAUAUUUAACAACUAUAAGUCCAUUAUACAAUGCAAUUAAACAUAUAUUUGUUUGCAAAGUCGUGUUCUGGAUUUCUUAAUGAUUCUGGGUGUUGGGUGCCCUCAUCUCUGGUCUGAAACUUGUCUUGCAAAUAGCACUAUUCCACUCAAAUAUUUUUUUAAUGAAUCGUAAGAUUUUUUUAAACAUCUUUUCCACAGUGGAAGAAGUCAGUUGAUUAUUCACUCACAAGUGAAGACCAAAGGUAGAAAAUUAUUAAUAAAGUUAAAAACACCUUAAAGGAUUGGUCCCUGGUCAAUAUUGCAUAUCUAUUGUUUCAGAAUCAUUAAAGUUAAUACCUCUACUUAUUUUGGGUGGCAAAAGAAGAAGGGGGCCACAAAUGAGUCGUCUGUCUAAAUAAUAAUAAUAUAGUCUAAAAGGUAAACAGCAUGGGAAGUACUCUCCAUCCCAAAGAAUCUCAGAACUAGUUUAAACACUGAAUAGAUAGAUUGAAAUCAGAGAUACUUAGUAAUGUUUUCUAUAAAAUAUGGUUACAGGAGAACCUAACCUAGCACGUCAUCUUGUUACUCAACAUCACUGUUACUCAACCUGUAGUCUGAAAGACAUGAGAUACAUGCAAAUCUGAGAUAUAUGCAAUAUUCAUCAGUGUCCACCCAAGCAGCAGAUUUUUAAGGCGAGCCAUAUAGUGGUUCCCAUACUUUAUUAAAAUAAACUCCAAAAUGGCAAUUUUGUAAAAUGGUCACACUGUUUACUUAACUGUUUUAUUUAUUUAACAAUCCACCCCCGUCAACCUAUAACUAGAUGGAAGCUAAUUCAUCAACCUUUAAAAAAAAUAGUCUACUUAUUAAGAAAAUACUAAGAAACUUAUCUAGCCGCCUCCUCUGCCUCAAGGGUUGAUCAACCACCCUUAAACUGUUUGUACCAGAAAUAAGUCUAACCUGUUCUAAGUAAGUACUUCUCUGAGCUUCAGCUAAUGAAUCCUAGUUUCUUAAGGACUCGUCUUUUGCGGCUCCAGCAUCUGAUCCAAGAGGGUCCUUAUACACAACACACUUGAUAAAUGCUGCCUUUUUGUCAGCAAGUCUUGGCAGCUCUUCUGUCUUUUUAACCAGCUUUGCUGACACAUCAUGGUAUUUUUGUUUCCCUGACUUAUAAAGAAUCUCACAUCUGAUAAUGUGAAAAGCUUUGCUGAUGUUAAAAUAUAUGUGACAUCUUCCACUUCCUUCCAUCCACAUAAGACCAUCACAAGAGAAAGGUGGGUAGAUAUGACAUUUGUCCUGGAAAAAAAAUCUCUGCAGGCUUUCAUCUUCUGGGUGCUUACAAACAGUCUGAGUACUUUUCUGGAAACUGAAGAUUAGGCUGAGUGCACUAAUUCUCUUUCAUCUCACCACAUAUUUCCUAGAUGGGAAGAGAAACAAGUGAUGCGACUACCUUCCAAAAUGUCCGCAAGAUAAUCACCGCUUCUCACAACUUGCACUAGAUUUCCUUAAUUUAAUAAGAUUAAAUCAAGGUGCAGUGAAAGAGCUCCUGUCCAACUGUUUAAGCAUCACCAACAAUUAAAAAACCCCACCAGUUCUGUCCAUUCUGCAACAUCAUCAGAGAGGAUACAUGGGAAAGAGGCGUUAACAAAGCCCCAGAGCGAUGAACGGCAGCUCUAAGAGAUGCCAUCUAAUGUUUUUGGCAAAAAACCUGAGGCAACAAUUGCCUGAAGUUACAACAGAACUUACAAACUAGAGAUGUAGAAGGGUUAAAAGAAAAUAAAUCCAGAAACAAACUUCUGAUGGCCUUUUAGAGAAAGGCAGACAUAUAAAACAGCUAUACUGAAUACCUGUAUACAGAGUUUAAAAAAUUUCACAAAAGCCAAGACAGACAAUAGUUGGCAGGCUGCUCAACAGAAAUCUUCUGGGAGCAUUAAAGAUGAUCUCUUUCAAAUUCUUCCUGAGAAAAAUCUCAGCCAGCUCCAAGGCCAGCUCAUGUACAAUCAUGCUUUUGUUCAGUCAAGACUGCAUGAGUAGAACAAGUAUAAACUCCUGCUCUCAUUCAGUGUGUUCCCCUGCAAUUCUACAGUUAUGAAGCAGAAGUGUUUCUGUUUGCUGGUUUUCUAUUAAUUAAAAGGCCACUAAAAAAAAA